CAGGCUGAGUCCCAGAUGAGUGGCUGCUGUAGCACCGGCCAUUGUGUCUAUAUCCCCACGGCAGGAAGGAGAAGGGAGGAGUACAGCCUACAGCCCUGGGCUGGAAGGAUUUCCCUGCAGGUCCGUGCCCCCACACGUGGCCCAGAGUGGCUGCUGUUGCACCACCCAUCAUGUAUACAUCCCCACGGCAGGAAGGAGAAGGGAGGAGUACAGCCUAUAGCCCUGGGCUGGAAGGAUUUCCCUGCAGGCUGCACAGGCGCACUGGCCCGAGAGCUGGCCCGCGAGUACCCUCGUCUCCAGGUGACCGUGUUUGACCUCCCGGACAUCGUCGAGCUGGCCGUCCACUUCCAGCCCGCCGGACCGCAGGCAGCGCAGAUCCACUUCGCAGCAGGUGACUUUUUCAGGGACCCCCUCCCCAGCGCUGAGCUGUAUGUCCUGUGCCGGAUCCUGCACAACUGGUCAGACGACAAAGUGCACAAGUUACUCAGCAAGGUCGCCGAGAGCUGCAAGCCAGGUGAGAGCCCGUCGUCACGUUCACUUUUUUUGUUAAGACGUAGAGUUUUGGGUUCAAGUUUUACCAGGAGGCCGGGCGCGGUGGCUCACACCUGUCAUCCCAGCACUUUGGGAGGCUGAGGCAGGCGGAUCACC